CGCCGCCGCCGCCGCUGCUGCUGCCGCCGCCGCCUUUUCUUCCUCGUCCCGGGCAGCCGCCGUGCCGGGUCCCGCUUCGGGCCGCGCGCCCACCGCUCCCUUCCCCCGGCCCGGCGCCGCCCGCUCCCGCCGCCGCCGCCGCCGCCCUCCUCGCCCGCAGGAAUCGCGCGGCCACAGCGCCGCCCGCAGCCGCGCAGCCCGCUGCCGUCCGGCCCUCGGCGCCGCUCGGGUCCCGGCUCCCGCGGCCGCCGCGCGCCCCUCCCCUCCCCUCCCCUCCCCUCCUCACCCCUCCCGGGUCUGGCCAGCCCCUUCCCGCCGCCGCCUCUGGAGGAGCCGGUCCACCGCGGGUCACCACCAUGCCCAGCAAAACCAAGUACAACCUUGUGGACGAUGGGCACGACCUGCGGAUCCCCUUGCACAACGAGGACGCCUUCCAGCACGGCAUCUGCUUCGAGGCCAAGUACGUCGGAAGCCUGGAUGUGCCGAGACCAAACAGCCGAGUGGAGAUCGUGGCUGCCAUGCGCCGGAUCCGGUAUGAGUUCAAAGCCAAGAACAUCAAGAAGAAGAAGGUGAGCAUUAUGGUUUCGGUGGAUGGAGUGAAAGUGAUUCUGAAGAAGAAGAAGAAGAAAAAGGAGUGGACGUGGGAUGAGAGCAAGAUGCUGGUGAUGCAGGACCCCAUCUACAGGAUCUUCUACGUUUCUCAUGAUUCCCAGGACCUGAAGAUCUUCAGCUAUAUCGCCCGAGACGGUGCCAGCAACAUUUUCAGGUGUAACGUCUUUAAAUCCAAGAAGAAGAGCCAGGCUAUGCGAAUCGUGCGGACGGUCGGGCAGGCUUUCGAGGUCUGCCAUAAGUUGAGCCUCCAGCACACGCAGCAGAACGCAGACGGCCAGGAGGACGGAGAGAGCGAGAGGAACAGCAGCAGCUCAGGGGACCCAGGCCGCCAGCUCCCUGGAGCCGAGAGGGCCUCCUCGGCCACCGCAGAGGAGACAGACAUUGACGCAGUGGAGGUCCCGCUCCCGGGGAAUGACAUCCUGGAAUUCAGCCGAGGUGUGACUGACCUUGACGCAGUGGGGAAGGAAGGAGGCUCCCACCAGGACCCAAAGGUUUCACCCCACCCCCCGGAGCCCAUGCUGGCGGCCUCGCCCAGGAUGCUCCUUCCCUCUUGCUCUGCAAAACCCCCAGGCUUGGGCCCAGGGACACCACUGUCCUCCCACCACCAGAUGCAGCUCCUCCAGCAGCUCCUCCAGCAGCAGCAGCAGCAGACGCAAGUGGCUGUGGCCCAGGUUCACUUGCUGAAGGACCAGCUGGCUGCCGAAGCGGCCGCGCGGCUGGAGGCACAGGCCCGCGUGCACCAGCUCCUGCUGCAGAAUAAGGACCUGCUGCAGCACAUCUCUCUGCUGGUCAAGCAGGUGCAGGAGCUGGAGCUGAAGCUGUCGGGACAGAACGCCAUGGGCUCCCAGGACAGCUUGCUGGAGAUCACCUUCCGCUCCGGAGGUCUGCCGGUGCUCUGCGACCCCACCACCCCGCAGCCAGAGGACCUGCCCUCACCGCCCCCGGGCGCGGGCCUGGCCGAGCUGGCCCAUCCCGCCGGCAGCCCCCUAGGUAGGCGUGACUGCCUGGUGAAGCUGGAGUGCUUCCGCUUUUUGCCGCCGCCUGCGGGCCCGCUGCUGGGGGGCCUGGAGCUCCUCAAGUUCCGCGAGUCGGGCAUCGCCUCGGAGUACGAGUCCAACACGGACGAGAGCGAGGAGCGUGACUCGUGGUCCCAGGAGGAGCUGCCGCGUCUGCUCAACGUCCUGCAGAGGCAGGAGCUGGGCGACAGCCUGGACGAUGAGAUCGCCGUCAUGUUCGAGAACGUGAACGCCGCCCACGCCCCGAAGCUGCAGCCCAGCUGCUCCUUCCCCCACCUGUCCCGGCUGGCGGCCCCCAGCUCGGCCGCCCAGGGGUCGGGGGUCUGGGUGGGCAGCAGUCAGCACCUCAAGAACCUGGGCAGAGCCGUGGGGGCCAAAGUCAACGACUUCCUGCGGAGAAAGGAGCCCUUGAGUCUGGACGGUGCAGGCGCCAUGGAGAUUAAUAGGACUGCGGGGGCCCGGCUGGCCGGCGGGGUUUCGGGCGAGGAGGCCAGGUCGGCCCCGCCCGAUGCGUUCCCUCGGCUGGAUCCUCCGCCUCCCAUCACCAGGAAGCGAACCCCUCGGGCCCUGAAGACGACGCAGGACAUGCUGAUUUCGUCACAGCCCGUCCUGAGCAGCCUGGAGUACGGGACAGAGCUGUCUCCUGGGCAGCCCCAGGACCCCCUUCCCACUGCUCCACCCGAAGCCCCCCUGGAAAUGGUGGACAAGGGCGAGGCUCUGCCCAAUGGAGAGGUUUCCCUGUCCGUGCCUGACCUGAUUCACCAGGACGGCCAAGACGAACCCAAGCCGAAGAUGACUGAGUGCCGAAGGGCCUCCUCCCCGGGCCUCCUGGAGAGGAAUGGCCUCAAACUCAGCCCGAGCCCCCCCGACCUGGCCGAGGCGCGGGAGGACGGCAGCUCCCCUCCUCGGGCACGGACCUCCAGCCUUGACAAUGAGGGCCUGCACCCAGACCUGCUGUCCUUUGAGUAGGGCCUCUUCUUCCUGCCAAGCACCCCCCUUCCCCUCUGCCAUCUCCUUCCCUGGUCUCCCUCGCCCCCACCCCGGCUCUGUGUGCCCUUUGCUCCCUCGUGCAGAGAUCAGCAGAGAGCUGGUCCCCCCGUGUGGGCUGUGUAGGGCCAAGAGUCCCUCAGUUGUCCUUGUCAAAGGCUCAUUUUCUGUAAACCAGAGGACAGGUCCUCUGGGUGCCAGCCACAGCCCCGGGGUGUUGGAGCACCUCUACUCCCACACUGCCCUGACUUCCCACUGUGCCCCUGCCCCUCUCCUUCCACAGUCUGGUUACUCUCUCCUGCCUCGGCUGAGGGAAUCUGGCUGGGUGGGAAAUGAUGGGUUUGGCUGAUGAUGGGCCCAGCCUGGAAAGCGGCCUACCCUGAGUGCCGCCCAGCCACCAUUCUGCCCGGUCCUGAGACCACGGAGGCCCCAGGUGGUUGCCUUGUGUCUGCCCUUUGGGUGCGGGCCAGAAGAGACACCAGGCCUGAGACCCGGAGGCAGCCUGGUUGCUGGCAGUUCUCGGGGUGUUUCCCAUCUGGCCAGUUGGGGAAUGCACCAAGCCC